AUUUGAAGAGCGCUGAUUUGGGAUACAAGCGUUACUCAGAUGGAUUAAAUGAAAUCUGGCUCCAAAAUACAAUAAUUUACACCUCUAGAUACGUGCAACGUUUAUUUACCAUGUUGACUUAUGAUCAUCUGCUAAAAACUUCAAGAAAAGAUGCUAGUUCCGGAUUAUGGUUGGGACUUAUCGUCCCUGUUUUAUUACUUAAAACAGACAAUAAAGCACUAGCUUACGAAUUUUUUCUAUCUUUAAUUACUGUACUCUUCUUAACGAAGAAUAGUCAUUUUAAACAUGCUGUCAUUCCUAUAUGUAUAUGGCUGAAUUGUCAACAUUUUCACCAUGUUAGUACGGUGAUUCGCCCUUUGUUUACAGUUAUGUUUGUUGUAUUUUUUUCUUACAAAUUAUUAAGUCUAUUCCCUUUUUCGUUUACGUUUGGUGAAACUGUGCUACUUGCUCAACUUUCUGCAGUAUUUCUUCUUACUGAAUGUAAUUUUGUAGUACCAUUUUUAAUACUCUUUCUAAUUGAACGAUAUUCUAUUAGAUUCUCAGUGAAAAUUGCUUUUUUCGUGUUAAUAACACUUACUAUUUUGACUGGAUGCUUUUGGAUUUACGCUUGUCGUGUAAAGAUAGCUACUAGUUUCAUUAUAAAUCAAAUUGAAUGUUUUAUUGUGUCAAGUAAUUUCAUUUUAUUGAUAUUUUGGCUAUGCUUAUUUAUGCUAUGUGUUUAUAUUACUAUUGUUUAUCGUUGUUCUGAUCAUAACAUUCAUCGGAUCAUGAAUAGUAGUACAGUUAAACCAGAAUUUUGUGAUAGUUCAAUUGUAUUAUCCGAUGAAUUGAACCUAUCCGACCAAAGUGAAUAUUAUGAAUUAUUUAGCGAAAAUGAAUUAAUUAGAAAUAGUCGUACAACGUGUGAUUUAUUAUAUGAUGACAAAGAAAAGACGUUUCAACUUCGUAAACUAUUUCAUUUUGCUGCUGGUAUUGUCUAUUCAUCUGGCUUGCUCUAUUCACCAUAUCUUCUUUCAUUGAUGUCUGUCGCAUUACUUAUUGUAUUUUGGUGGUUUGAAUGGAUCCGAAGGCGAGGGCCAUCUACUCUUUCCUCCUACCUUAGUACUUUGGUUAAUCCAUUUCGUGAUAAACGAGAUUCUGGUGACAUUCUAUUCACACCUAUUGCUCUUUUACUCGGUUUAAGUAUUCCUGUUUGGUGGCCACAAAAUAUAAAUACUAAUGGGAGUAUAAUUAGUAUUGGCAACUUAUGUUACGAAUUGGAUGUGAAGCCGUCAUCAUGGUCAGGAGUUCUAUCAAUAGCUAUAGGCGAUAGUUUUGCUGCAUUGAUUGGACGAACUUAUGGAAAGCGUCGUUGGCCUGGAUCACAUCGAACAUAUCUAGGAUCUUUCGCUUCUUUCUUUUCUCAAGUAUGUAUAUAUGUGUAUGUAGUGGUAAUAUGGGCAUGCAUUGAUUUAAUGUUGAGAAAAUUUUGUUGAAUGAUCCACUGAAUUAUCCUUAUCUCCUCACAAAGGAGUUUAAUCUCUAACGGAUUAGUAACACUGAAUUAGUUUCGUAAUAAUCUAAGGAAAACAUCUCAUCAAAAAAUAUUUUGCUUUGUAUUGGCAGAUUAUUGGAUUUCGCUACCGUGAUUUGUCAAGAAGUCCUUCCAUGUGCCAUUGGUAAGACUGGAAAAAGUGAGAGCCAAUGCUUCUUAUAAAAAUGUUUCAGUGUGGAUUUGUCACUUUAAGCCGCAAACUAUAUUUUGAGGCUUUCAGUGUUCGGACCCUUUUUUAUCGUAGCACACUAAGUCGUGAAUUGGGCGAGUGCCUGCCGGCGUGUAUACCCGUAUAAUCAGUGCGGGUUGCUGGUCAAAGGCUUCGUCCUAAUAAUCCGACCACAGCCUAGUCCGGUCUAGAUAACUUGAUUGGUAUGGUGUGGUAGGUUGUGCUCGAGUCAUGGCUUAAUGAAUGUAGCCUUUGCCAGAAAAUUUUUGUCCACCUAUUUCUCACAACGAGGGUAUUUCCUACAGUAAAGCUCUUGAAACCCAAGUCUCUUAAAGUGGCUGGAUAGCCCCAAUUUAGUGGACCUGUAGCUUAGUGGCCAGGGUGCGCUCAACGUUCAGCCACUAACUCUUCGGUUCAAACCCCGCUCGACUUCGGUUUAGGCGACUAGGUUGUAUUAUCAUAACCCGUCAUUCUCAGGAUAUGAUUUAUAUCUGCCUGUAGCUGUUCUAGAGUUACUGCCGUUCUCAAGCCCGAGUAAAGGAGGAAGGUUGGGUAUGGGGUCGGUAACCCCAUCCCAUAGAAAAAACACUAACCAGAUUAAACAAAUUAAACACUUUGUCGAAUGAGUUAAUUAAAUUCCCAAGAGUUCACAACACCAUCGAAAUACUCUGGUUUCUCUUGUUGAAUGUAUACGUGAUACAAGUAUUGUUUGCGUUACUAGUAAAUUACUAUGUUAAGCGAAGUCGGAAUUUCAAUGUUACUUUCUCUGUGCAAGAAAUCUGCGUUCAAUAGAAUAUUCGAGAUCAACGGUCUUGCUGAAUGUCUAGAAACUUCAUAACUUUCAGUCGUAGAAAAUACAUUUAGUAUUUCUUGUAGUCAAAACUAUGAUAGUGUCAUUUAGAAUUAGAACUUCCCACUAAUGUAGUCCAGUUCCCCGCAUAAUAAGUAAUCAAUAACUAUCAGCGGAAAUGGAAAAGUGGCUAGCAGUCGAAUUUGUAACGCGGGUUUCGUCCCACUUGGUACUCUUUAGCUGGGUAUAUCUUCAUUUUACAGUUGAUUUUCACUACGGGACUCAAGCUCAAUACCAUUUACAUCAAACGCUGUCGAGUUAUCCACUUAGCUACUAAGUCCAGGUAGCCACUGGGUUAGAUUGUGCAAUAAGGUGAAGUUCAAUUCAUUUCUAUUGGUUGUUUGAAUCUUCCCAUUGAUGUUCAGGAAUGCAACUGUUCAACUCUUGAGUGCAGGUACAUUCAGCUGACGAGUCCCAAAUAAGGCGAAUAGGCGUUCUGAAUAUCACUGCUAACUAUCAUCUAUCUGUGCUUAUGGUGCUUAUGACUUAAUGGCAAUAUUGAGGUGAUGCGUGCAGGAUGUACAUUUGCCAAUAAUAGACCGAUUAAUUUCAAUCCUAAACAUUAAUGGGAAGAUCCAAAACAACCAAUACAAAUGAGUUCAAGUGAUUUAAUUUAUAAAAUAAUAUUGAGUUCGUAUUUGAAUGAUUCUGUCAUUAAAAUAAUGUCAUUAGAUUGUUCACAAAUAUAUUUCUAACGCAUUGGAAACUUAUCUAAUUAGUGUAAUAAUUUAGUUUGAAAUGUUAAAUCAUUGUUUCCUGCUAUCAGUUUGUUGCCCUCAAGAGACUGAAUUUCUAAAUGUCCGUCAUUUGAUAAUGAGGGGAUGAGAUUUGUUUUGACAAUAUCAUCUCGCUGUGUUAAUUGGCUUAUGUUAACUUGAACCAAUGUACAUAUGUUCUGUAUUCUGCGUUGCGUUUAACUUACUCAUUAAUGGAUAAGAUUAGGAAAUUUGUGCUUGGCUCUCUUCUCACUUACAACCAAAUUAUUAGAUACAAUUAUGCGGAAAAAGUUAUCUUUUUCUAACUUAGUGUAUAAAGUUGGGUAAAGUAAAAAAAUUUCAUUCCAAAACAACAAUCUUCUGCAAUAGACAUCAGGUAAUAGACUGUUUCAUUCACUUCAUCAAUUGACUUUACUGUUAAGAAAUCCAUUGUUCAAAUCUUCCCAGUUAUAUAGGCUGUAAGCUGUUUUAGAGUUAAUCCAAUGAAUUGUUUCAAUGUGUUGUUAUAGGAUAUUUUUUAAAAUUUUUAUUUGAACACAUAAAUAUUGGCACAAGAGAACACCAAAUAUAUAUGCGCCACACAAAUUUCAUCAUAUUUGUGUGUGGGCUGUGAUACUACCCGGGUGCCCAGACCGAAGCAAGUGGUUUUCUUAGGGGGCCACACUCCUAGCCUUUGACCUAAAAGUCUAACCCACAAGGCAAUGGAGCAUCGUGAGGAGAUGCAGUCCCAUGGUAGCCGGUGACCAACGACUGGUCCAUACGCCAUUUGUUCUCUCAGGAUACUGAAGCCCAUGUGCACCAUUGAGUUGGGAUUCGGUUAAAGCGCCGGACAUUCGCUUUUCGUCCUCUCUAUUUCGUAAACAACAAUCCCACCACAAGAAGGCGGUGAGUAGGACUUCCUCGCCAGAGGCUGUAUACGCGUGGCCGUGUGAGAGUAUUUCGAGUGGGGGGCGGGCCCACCCCACUCUCGGUUACAUCAGGGCAUUUUUGGGAGCAUUGGAAUUGGGGAUACUGACAAUUAAGUACAAAAUCUUAUUAGCAACUCCUAGUUUUUAUAUCAAGUACAUGUUAGCAAGUGAAUUGUACUAUAUCCUUAUAUGCAAUCUUUCUUUUAUAUAUUACCACCUCUGAAUUAACUAUUUUUUUGAAUCCGGUGUCCAUCUUGUUGUGUUAAUGAGGUAUGGCAACUUGGACCGAUACAUAUAUGUGCCUGGUCCUACGUUUUAGCUGAUUUGACUGACUAACAAGUGAAUUAUAUAAUCAGAUUGUUCAAAUGACUCAUUUCUUGAAUACAUCAUCCAUUUUUAUAAAUUAACUCAACUUUUUUAUCAUAUUUUAUUUGACUUUUUUUAUAUUGUCACAUAAUUUAGAUGAUUGCAUGGACAAUUAUAUCAUAUUAUUAUUCAUGGUAUUGGUUAACCGGUAUUAUUCCUUUAUUCAUCGGUGUACUUAUUGAAGCAUAUAUUGAUCAAAUUGAUAAUUUAGUUAUACCAUUGGUUGUUAUGCUCAUUUUUCAUAGUUUGUAAUCAUUAUACCAGUUUAAUGGUACAUUGUAUGCACUUAUUUAGAUUUGUUUAUUUUCUACCAUAUUUCAUGUAUGUUUAUAUGUUUGCUUGUUUAUAUACAUAAUAAAUGAAUGUUUUGUUUGCUAAUAAUAAGGUCUAUCACUCGUUCAUUUAUUAACAGCAAUAAAAUGUUAACAAAAGAUUUCAUCAAUUACAU